GUCCCGCACUGACGCCUUCGCAGCAGGGAUGGAGGUGAUGGACAGCUGCAAGUUCUCCCCGUCCGAGCUCUUCUACGACAGCUCCUGCCUCUCCUCCCCGGAGGUCGAGUUCCCCGAGGAUUUUGAGCCCAGGGACCUGCCCCCCUUCGGCGCCCACGAACGCCCCGAGCCCGCCUGCUCCGAGGAAGAGGAGCAUGUCCGAGCUCCCACUGGCCACCACCAGGCCGGUCACUGCCUCAUGUGGGCUUGCAAAGCCUGCAAAAGAAAAUCCACCACGAUGGACCGGCGGAAGGCGGCCACCAUGAGGGAGAGGAGGAGGCUGAAGAAAGUGAACCAGGCUUUUGAGACCCUGAAGAGAUGCACCACUGCCAACCCCAACCAGAGACUCCCCAAAGUAGAGAUCCUGAGAAACGCCAUCAGAUACAUCGAGAGCCUCCAGGAGCUCUUGAGGGAACAGGUAGAAAACUACUAUCACCUGCCGGGACAGAGCUGCUCCGAACCGACCAGCCCCACUUCCAGCUGCUCCGAUGGGAUGGCCGACUGCGGCAGUCCCAUCUGGUCGGCGAGAGGCAGCAGCUUCGACGCGGUCUACUGCUCCGAGAUGGCCCACGCGUACGCCGCCGAUCAGAGCAGCUCCCUGUCCAGCCUGGACUGCCUCUCCAGCAUCGUGGACCGUCUCUCCCCGGGGGAGGAACCAGGGCUGCCCCUCCGCGACGCCGACUCUCUCUCGCCCAGCGCCAGCAUCGACUCGGGGCCGGGGACGCCCGGGACGCCGCCGCCCCGACGGACCUACCAGGCGCUAUGAGGAGCCAGAAGGGCCGGCACCCCGCGCCUGCUGCCGCAGCCGGGGCUACUGCCCG